AUGAGAUUAAUGACUCAUAAUUUCUUACUUUGCAAUGUCGCCGUUCGGAAUCGAGUUGAUUUCUCAACUGUAGAAAUGCGACUCGAAGAAAGAGAAGAUGAUUUUAAUCGCGAGUUUAUCCUCAAGCUCAUCAAAAAGAUUGAUUGGGCAGCUUUCCGAUCUGGGGCAGCCGAUAUUGGCUACACAAUACCAGAAACUCUUCCUUCUGAUCUUAAUGACGAGGUUUUGAAGAAUAUUCACCAUGCAUUGCUGGAACUCGAAGUGAUGUCCGGAAAGCUUGUCUGUCGCCACUGUGGACGAGAGUAUGUGAUUGAGCAAGGCAUUCCUAAUAUGCUGCUUCGAGAAGAUGAAGUUUAG